AGAGUUAACAACCACAAUCUUAUUUAUGAGGGAAGUUUAUCCUUUUACAGGUUCCACCACUGACAUCAAAAGUACACCAAGCCCAAACAUCUACAUGGACGACUUGCAACGUUUGGAUACAAAGGAAACAAAGUUAUAGUCCCAAAACAACAAAUUAUUUUUGCCAAACAGCAAGCAACUCUUUGAAACCAGGAAAGUAGGCAUCCCAGCAUUGACUUGGCCUUCCAACAAAGCGCCCAUCUGCAAUAUCUGCCAUAAACCAAUAUACAGGGAUCAAACCAACGAAUCAGCAUAGAUACAAGAACUCUCUUUCAAGUUUAUGUUUAAGUAACACAAAUAGACAUGCAUUCUUACGAACAAACAACUUUCCAGAGAACUGUUCACAAACUUGUUAUCCUCAUCCAGAGUUCUCGCAAUGAUCAUUAUGGCUUGGCCAUUAGCAAGACUGCAAGAGUGAGGGAUUGCAGAGCCACAAAGAGAUAGUGACUCCUAAUCAACCAUUAAGAAACACCGUCCAUACAUCCUGUUAUGAACUUCUUUACUUCGCUACAGUUCGAGGAAAAGUUGAAUUACAGCCAUUGAACUCUUCCAACUCACUUGUGGUGGAGCUAAAGUAUCCAUAAGAGCUCAUAACACAACUGCCAACCCCCAUGAAAAAAGAAGGGGUAAGACCAGAACACUGCCAGCUCCCAAAUGAGCAAUUUGGACAGACAGGGAAGUGACGAAACAAGAAGCAAGGCGAGAACUAUUGUACUAACAUAAUUCGCCAUAACCAACAUUUGUAUGUUCAUAACAUCACAAGUUCUUGACCCCCGCAAUGAAAAGAAAGGUCAUGGAACUACAGAACAGCAGCACCUAAACGCAACGGAAUCCAUCUACCAGAAACGUAGUCACACACGACAUCAGCUUCGAGACAACCCAAUUCCUAAUGGGAUUCAAUUCAAACAGGGAACCUAUAACUACCCUGGAUCGCUAAGCGCUAUUGACGAACAGCUUGAUAUAACUGAAAAGAAGACAAAAUCCUACCCCCAAGUAAAUUCAAUUGGAAUGAAUACCCAUGAAAAUUCAGAACAAUCCCCGAACUCGAGAAAGAGAAAGAAACCAACCUCAGGGAUACAAUUAUCAAGAAUCCCAAAUCAAUGCGAGUGAGAGGACGAAGGCGAGCCAACCCUAUCGUAGAUUUGCUCGCCGACGAGAUAUACGCCGAAGGCGACAAGCGCGAUGCCGAGCCCAGGAGUCGCGUGGCGGAACUGCUUGAUCAUCAUUGGAUGCUUCCUCCAUUCAUCCCUUCGCCGGAAGAAUUCCCCGGUUGGUCCCAACUGCUUCCCCAUCUUUCUUCUUCUCCGAUUUGACUACUGUGUGUGCCCUCUCCCCCAACUUCUCCCUGCUUCCUGCUCUCAAAUGUGUUGUUUCUGCAAAUCGGGAAUCCUCUUCAUUUCACAACAGCGCAAUGCUCCAUCGCGUGGGCCUAUGUUGUUUACGGCCCACAGAACUACAAGCUACGCUCAAGCCCAUUAAAGUUGGCUGCUUUCGGAAAAAACAAUUUGUAAAGGAGCAGCCUUGGCAGUGUAGUCAGGCGACGAACUUUGACCGGCGAUUGUCUUCCGUUGAUCUGGACUCUGGAGUACGAAUAUUUUAUUGAAAAUUUGAGCCGGCGGGGGGAGGUCUGAUUUAAACGAAGGUGGUUGGUGAGAUUAGAAAGGCAAAGUUCAGGUUUUGGAUACUGAUAGAUAGACAGGCCAAGUGACACAGAGCUGGGUGGUAGCAACAGAGAAAGAGAGAGAGAGAGAUGUCGAUUACUCUGCAACUUCGUCUUCUUCCCAAUCCCACCAGCACCAACCAUUCUUCUGCAACUGCCAGUGCUCGCCACUCCACAUUCCUCUCUCUGCCUUCCAAUCUCUCCUUUGCUGCUUCUUCCUCUCUCUCCAACUCUUCCACCAUUGCCUUCCUCCCAGGUCACAAACUCAAUUCCCUCCAGAAGCCCAGAUUUGCCGCCUCCCCCAUCAGAUGCUCCGCUGCCCAGGAAAAUGGCUCUGGAGCUGUGAAAGAGCGGAGUGUUUCAGUGGUUCUAUUAGCUGGAGGACAGGGCAAAAGAAUGGGUGCGAGCAUGCCAAAGCAAUAUCUUCCACUUCUCGGCCAACCAAUUGCUCUCUACAGUUUCUUCACUUUCUCGAAGAUGAUUGAAGUAAAGGAAAUCGUUGUGGUCUGUGAUCCUUCCUACAGGGACGUCUUUGAAGAUGCCACAGAAGGGAUCAACAUUGACCUUAAAUUUGCACUGCCUGGUAAGGAAAGGCAGGAUUCUGUGUACAGUGGUCUUCAGGAGAUAGACCUUAGCUCUGAGCUUGUUUGCAUCCAUGACUCUGCACGACCUCUGGUGCUGGCAGCUGAUGUGAGAAAGGUCAUUAAGGAUGCAUCAGUGAAUGGAGCAGCAGUGCUCGGUGUUCCUCUUAAAGCCACCAUAAAAGAGGCAGAUGGUAAGUCAUUUGUAGUGCGAACUCUUGACCGCAAAACACUAUGGGAGAUGCAAACCCCACAGGUGAUCAAGCCAGAAGUGCUUAGGAAGGGCUUCGAGCUAGUCAAUAGGGAAGGCCUAGAGGUGACUGACGAUGUUUCGAUUGUAGAACAUCUAAAACAUCCUGUUUUCAUCACUGAAGGAUCAUACACUAACAUCAAGGUUACAACACCAGAUGAUAUGCUGCUUGCUGAGAGAAUUCUGAACAUGAAUUGAGCUUUUAGGUUGAGAAGUCAUGAGUUUUUCAAAUGAUUGUUUGCCUACUGUUCUUUUGAGGCCUAACUAUGAAAGGAAAACCAAAUACUCUGGAUUUAAUGCAACGGCAAUAAUACACAGGAUGCAAU